GCUGGAGUCGUAGAAGAGGCUGGGAUGACCUGACGAUCGGUGUCGAGUUGUUAAACAUUAGUCUUGCGUAGUCGAUUUCGAGUUUAUUUGCUGCACGUCCUAGGAGAUGCUCUGUUUUGCACCGUUAGUAUCGAAGUAAUGUUAUGUGUUCAGUUUCCCCGCAAUCGAACAUACAUGUCCGUUAUUGCAAAAUUAAAAGUAACAUCAAGUUAAUCAGAUUUAUCGAUGCACCAUGUCGCCUGAACCCACGCAAGAACCCAUUCAGGAGAGUCUAACGGCUUCCAAUGUACCCCUGGAUGCAAGAGUAGCCAAUGACUCUGAUAGUGAGGACGAGGAUAUGGGAAUGACAGGAUACAUUCCACUGUCUCAAGUGUCUACUGAUGCUGAUCCUAUAUUAGAUGAGGACGAGAACGAUGAGUGGCUGUCUGAAAUUGGUGAAUCAAAUCAAACAGCACCAACCACCCCAACAGUUGAGGCUCAUCAGAGCUGCGCCUCGGAGGUGCUAGAAGUCUGGUCGUGUCCGUACAAUCGCUCCAACAUCGAUUUGGACGCGGCCAAAAUCAAGCAGGUGAAGUCCGUGAUGGCGUCUAUCACGCUUCCCGAGACUUCCAUCCCGCAGUGGGCGAGCACGAUCUCUGAAGAUCAGUGGAAGGAACAGCUGCUCGUCCGUAUUAAAGAGAUGCAGAGCAAAGAUCCGUAGAGCUUAAGUCGCGACGUAGUCGCCGGUCGCAGCCGAGGUUUGAUAUUUUAGCAGCUGCGCGUAGCGUAUUCCGCGUUAUUGGAGAUAAUUUACUACGACGUCGAAUAAAAAGAAAGAAGAGGAACAUGCGAGAACGUUGUGACCGAGAGGUCGCGCAUCGCCAAGUGUACACAUACGUGCAUAUACAUUUUGUCUAACACGUUCGACACAUGAAACGAUGGCGCUUGAUUUUUAUAUUAGGCUAAGGGGCUUUCGAAUAGAAUUUUAGCAUUACCUCGUUAGCAUGGUACGCGCGCGACUGCAACGAUCGAGGGCAAAUAGCGGGAGGGAAAUCUAAAGGAAAGACUGGCCGAACUAGGUAACUCGUAAAUAUUAUUAUUGCGAAGCGUAUUAUUAUUGUUUUUGUUUCCCUUUUUAUACGAUAUGUUCGAAGGCGGAUUAUAAGAGGUAUAUGAUAUAUUAGUUUAAUUAAUAAACGUCGCUCGAUGUUA